AACCAGAGAUUAUUGAAUGGUGUAGAUAUCGCUGCAAAGUGAUGCAGCGAGUAAUAAUUGACCAGUUUUUUCCAUUAUUAAUUGAGUUUUCGGCACUGUUCAAAUGUAAGAUGUGACUUGUGGGACAUAAUGGCGCAGACAACAAUUUCUACUUUAACCACGCCAAAUCUAAAUGGCUCCACAUCCGUGCCUCCAAGUAAGCCCGCACCCGCUACCCCAAUCCCACCAAAUGCAGACGGCCUACUAGACACGACGGAUGGCCAAGUUCUACUUGUACUACUGAUACUGCUGCUGGCGUUGGUGGUAGCAGUACCGAUAGUUGCGUACUGGCUGGGCAAGAAAUAUUGCUGGAUCAGAGUGCACGAUCCGGAGCGCGGCAAAUGGCAGACGGACAAAAUGCCGAACCCAGCAGAAGACAACUCCAAGGCCGUGCAAACAGAAGUGUUAGGUCUAGAAUUUGACGAAUUUUUCCGACGCCGUCAACCGAUUGACAUGUCGAAGUACGAGGGAAAGCAAUUGGGGGUAGUAGAGGAACCGUAUCCCAGGUUCUACAGGAUACACCCCAAGGAAUUCAACGACGUCUGGUCGAACAAGUACGCGGGAAACGAGACAAACUAUAUAACCAAGGUGUGGUGAACAUUAGGACUUUCUUGAGAUCAAUCAUUGCUUCAGAUAAAACACCGCGUAUUUUCUGUUAGCUUUAAGUAGUGUUAAUAGGUUAAAUUUAAGAAACACAACACGUGACAUUAUCAGUAUUGACGUUCUUAUAUUUAAUCUACGAGCCCGAAUCAUAAGCGUUUUAUAGAAACUGAUAACAAUGCAAUAAGUAACUUUAUUAAUUUCUAUUAGCCCGAGUAACAUUUCAAUAGCCCCGGGCUGUAAAACCUAUAGUUAGCGUUUAGACGGGCAUUAAAUCUAUACAACACUGUGAGGUUCCUUUGGUGAACAUGUCUUUCUUUGCACAAUGACGCAAUUUUAAAGGUAACGCGUAGACGCGUUAUUAAAUGGCUGUCGUGUACCAAGGGCCCGUAUUGGCAGACCUUCGGCAGUAUUGUGCAUUUUGUCAUACUUACUUUUUUUUUUGUAUAUUAAAAUGACGAUAAAAUUGUUUGUCAAAUAAUAAGUUAAUGAACGAGGUAGAAAAACUUUACAGAAUCAACAGUGUGACCGUAAUCUAGUUAAUUUUCUAUCUUUAUUAUCAAGUUUGAAGCAUUCACACUUUAGAAAUCCACGAAUACCGCCACUGGCGAAAAACGGCUUGCAUCGAUAAGUAAAUUCAUAUACAUUUGUUUUUGGGUUCUUACGCUUAAACAUAGUGUGCUGGUGUUAUGGUUUGGUUUGUUUAAAAUUUAAUUCAUGCUGCUGAAUUUCAUCAUUAAAAUAAACCGUAUUUCUGA